UACCGGGAACGUGAAACAUCGGCAAAAACAAGGCGCUGUUAAUUGUCUCCCCCCACCCUGUCUCAAUCAACCAAUCAAAUUUCAGCAUCACCAAAACCUUCUCAUUUUUUUUUUCUCCUCUGCUUGAAAGCAUCACCCCAAACCUUCUAGACCUUCAUUACCUGAAAAAACCAUUCAAGGCAAAUGCUUAUUUAUUUAUUAUUUUUUGCUAUAACAAUAAAAUAGUUGCCAAUAGAAGGAAACAUGAAACACUAGCAGCUAGGAGACCCUUCUUCUAUUUCUUGCAUAGGAAUUGAACACUGCCUUCAAAAUUAUAAAAGCCCCUUCUGAGCAGUCCCAGGAGCUCAAAUUCAAAAACCCAUCUCUCAGAAAAUCUCUCUCAGAAUUCAAAAACCCAAGACUCUGUUUUUGUUUCAUACCAAUUUUUGUACCAUGGUUCUGAUUUCUGGUCUGCCUGACGAUAUAGCCUAUGAUUGUCUAAUUCGUAUCCAAUAUGAUCAGUUCCCAGCUAUGGCAUCGGUUUGUAAGGGUUGGAAGGCUGAGGUUCAGCUGCCGGAGUUUCAUCGGCUUAGGAAGGCUGGCGGCCAUAGCCAAAAACUCAUUGUGAUGGUUCAAUCACAUGUUGUCUCAAAUCAUGGUGUUGGUGUUUUCAAGUGCCCGGAUAGCCCGGUUUACCGGCUCACUCUUUGUGAACCGGAUUUGGGUAACUGGUCUGAGUUGCCGCCGCUUGCCGGUUUUGCUACUGGGCUACCCAUGUUUUGCCAACUGACAGCGGUCGGGUCGGAUUUAGUGGUGAUCGGGGGUUGGGAUCCGAUGUCAUGGACCAUCUCGAAUUCCGUGUUUGUCUUCAACUUUGUGUCUGCCACGUGGAGGCGUGGAGCUGAUAUGCCAGGUGGUGCUCGGAUUUUCUUUGGAUGCUCGUCGGAUUCGGAUCGGAUGGUGUUCGUUGCGGGUGGACAUGAUGAUGAGAAGAAUGCGUUGAGAUCGGCAAUAGCAUAUGACGUGGCGAAAGAUGAGUGGAUUUCAUUGCCUGACAUGGCAAGAGAACGCGACGAAUGUAAGGCAAUUUUCCAGCAUGGCAAGCUCCAUGUCAUCGGUGGCUAUUGUACAGAAAUGCAAGGCCGUUUCGAAAGAAGCACCGAAACAUUCAAUUUCUCCACAUGGCAAUGGGACCAAGUACAAGACGACUUCUUGCUAGUCGCCACGUGUCCAAGGACAUGCGUGGACGGAGAUGACGAGACAAUGUACAUGUGUCGUGGCGGUGAUGUGGUGAAACAUAGACGCGGAACAUGGAAAUUCGUGGCGAAGCUGCCAGCUCAGGUGCGUAAUCCAGCUUGUGUGACAGCAUGGCAGGGCAAAGUGUUAGUGAUUGGAUGUGCAGGGUUUGGGGAGCCCCACAUGGCUUACAUACUACAUUUGGACAAUUACACAUGGACAAAACUAGAGACCCCUCACAAGUACUCUGGUCAUGUUCAGUCAAGUUGUCAUUUGGAGAUUUAAGUCUCAGCAUCCAACUAUCAUUACAUGUCUGGUUUGGGUCAUAUUUUUGUGUUAGAUAUAUAUAUAUAUAUAUAUAUAUAUAUAUAUAUAUGUAUAGAGAGCUUCAGCUGUUUGUAAAGUUCCUUUGCUUUGGCGCUUUUUGGACAAGUCAGAAAAUUGCAUUGCUUGAUUGUCGCCGCACAUCACUCUUUUUUCUGCAGUCAUCAAGAUUCAAGUAGAUUAAUUAUUUUGCAUAAAAAAUAGUUAUGUCAAAUCAGCAAUUAGUCAAA